AUGACCGUCACUGGAACUUCCUUGCAGACAGCCAUAGUUGAAGGGACAGGAGGAGAGCCUAUCCUCUCUCACGAUGUUCCUAUUCCAACGCUCGGCCCAAACGAGGUCUUGGUUGAAACGAAGGCUGUUGCGAUCAACCCAUCAGAUCAUAAGAUGUCGCAAAAGUUUCCCUCAGCAGGGGCAAUCAUUGGCUCAGACUUUGCUGGAACUGUUGUGAAGAUUGGCUCGGGGGUAGCGCAGCUCUCGCGCCCGCUAGCGAUAGGUGAUCCUGUCUGUGGUGCCGUCCACGGCUGUAACCCGGCCGACCCUCACAGCGGUGCAUUUGCUCAGUAUGUCAAAGCUGACGCAAGCCUUGUAAUGAAGGUUCCUGCAUCUAUGGCUUGGGAAGAUGCGGCGACGCUGGGUGUUGCUCUAGGUACCACUUGCAUCUCAUUCUGGAAAGCGCUUGGAUUGUCAGCAUCACCAAAUGAGCCUGCUGCAACCCCUUACCCUGUCUUGGUGUACGGAGGUUCAACUGCAAUGGGUACUAUGGCGGUGCAGAUCUUGAAGUUGAGCGGCCUCACUCCAAUUGCGACCAGCUCACCCAAGAACUUCGACCUGGUCAAGUCUUUCGGGGCAAAGCAAGUAUUCGACUAUGCCUCACCUACCUGCGCGGCCGACAUAAAGUCAUUUACAAAUAAUUCAUUGAAGUAUGCACUGGAUUGUAUUACAGAUGCUGACUCGACUCAAAUCUGCCACGCUGCGAUUGGUCGGGCCGGGGGGAAGUAUGCCUGUCUGGAGCUUCCACAGCAGGAGCUUCUCACACGCAAGGCAGUGAGUGCAGAAUUCGUCAUGGCUCACGAACUUCAUGGGAAAGAAAUUGCUCUGGGCCUUGAAUAUGGGAGACCUGGCUCUCAGGCUGCUAAAGACCUCGGUGUACAAUUCUUUCGGGUUGCGGAGAAGCUACUGGAGGAAAACAAAAUUAGAGCACAUCCUGUAUAUGUCCUUCCUAAUGGAUGGAAGGGGAUUUUGGAAGGGUUCACUCUUUUGAAGAGUGGACAGGUGAACGCCCGGAAAUUGGUUGCACCACUCGGUCAGUAG